AGACCACGUGACCGGGCCGGUCAUGGUGCUGCCCUCUGUGUUCAUGUGCGGCGGCUGGGAGGCUGUUGUUCACCUGGAUUAGUGGUGAGGUGAACAGUGAGCAAGAUGGAGAGACGCAGAGUCGUUCACACUCGCGAUGAUUCAGGAAAUUCCUAGUGGCCUGUCAAUACUGUAGAGCGACAGAGUGUGACGCCUGCGUGCGGAGAUGCGGCAGCGUCGGAAGGAGGUUCUGCUCCAGGAGGGAUUUUGUACAAUGAUGCCCAUUCCGUGCCAUAUGUAACACUAGUUGUGUACCCGGAGGUGAAAUUGUGUGUUCGUGUCAACAGUGGUAAAGUUGACAGUCGUGUGUGCCAUACAGUGCUGGCGGGUAAACCGGACAGCCGACGUGGGGUGGUCGAGGUAGUGAGCGGCGAGUGUCUGGUUCCGGCGAGAUGAGCAGCCCAGCGGCCAGACGGUAGUAGUGGGCAUAACCAGCUCACUGACAAAUAGCUACUGAAGCCCCGUCUGGCCAGCUCAGCGGCCUGGGCGCACCACAGACCCAAGCCUCAGUCUCGACCCAUGUGUGAGGAACCCUAUCCCGAGCUGCCCUAUGAUCCAAGGUGGCUACCGCGCGCUCCACUGGGGCAGCCGACCCGACACCGCCCGUUAGGAUGGCAACUCUAGGGCUCUCAAAAGUCUUCAUUCUUGAUAAGUACUUUACGGAGCUACAAAAAUUCUGGGAAACUGAGAAGAAACUACAAGAUGCGUGUGGGACGAGUGAGGCGGCGCAGCUGGAGCAGCGGUUGAGAUCCCUCGGGUGUGAGCUGGUUACUCUUCGAUCGAGACUCCCGCCCGCACUCCACCAUUCCCGGCCCACCACGCCGCCCGCACCUAUAAUCAACACCGCCACCACCACCACUACCCUAACUGCCUCUUCUGCUAACUCCUCCUUUCACGCCACAAACACUAGUAACAAUAACAAUAACAACAAUAAAAACAACGCCACUACCCAAUCCAACACUCCAUCAGCCCCAAACACCAACACCACGUCCCCUUCCACAACCACCACCACAAACAAUAACAAGAACGUUCAGCCCCACAACGGCACCGCCCCUCUGCUGCCACUCAACUUCCUGGGUGGUGGCACUCCUUCAUCGGGAGGUUCCGAGAGCCGUAUCACGCUCAACAGCUCCAACCUGGCAGACGGCCUCAACUCCUCACAGUCGUUCCUGGCGGAUGUUAGCUGCGUGAAGGGCGGCAUGACCGGUGGAGUGCAAGAAGUGGAGGACCUCAUCCACCUGGCUGGUCCACUCACAGAGGACGCAGUUCUCAAGACCCUCCACGCCAGGUUCUGCUCAUCUCACUAUUUUACUAACGUGGGUCCAAUCCUGUUGUCGGUGAACCCUUACCAUGAGGUGGGAAAUGCCCUCACCCUCACCUCCACCAGGGCAGCCGUCCAGAGUCCCCACCUCCUACGGGUCGUCCACGAGGCAGUCCGUCAGCAGAGCGAGACAGGCUACCCACAGGCUAUCAUCCUCUCAGGUGCAUCUGGCUCAGGGAAGACCUACACGUCAAUGUUGUUGCUCCGUCAGCUGUUUGACGUGGCAGGGGGUGGGCCAGAGACAGAUGCUUUCAAGCACUUAGCAGCUGCCUUCACUGUGCUUCGGUCACUCGGCUCUGCUAAGACCACAUCCAACUCAGAAUCUAGUCGUAUUGGUCAUUUCAUCGAGGUGCAGGUAACAGAUGGAGCACUCUACAGAACUAAGAUCCACUGUUACUUCUUAGAUCAAACAAGGGUGGUUAGGCCACUUCCUGAUGAAAAAAACUAUCACAUAUUUUAUCAGAUGCUGGCAGGACUCACACAGGAGGAGAGAGCCAAACUUCAUCUGGAGGGUCACAGUGUUAGAACACUGCGGUACCUGAGUGAAGGUGAUGUGAGACAAGAUGAGGCUGAGGAUGCUCGCAGGUUUGAGGCAUGGAAAGCAUGUCUUGGGGUGCUAGGGAUUCCAUUCCUAGAUGUGGUAAGGGUUCUGGCUGCUGUUCUUCUCCUUGGCAAUGUUACCUUCAUAGAGGGACAGGGACUUGAGGUUGAUAUCCAGGGAGGAAGCCAUGAACUCAAGAGUGUGGCAGCCCUGCUUGGAGUAUCAUCAGCUGCACUAUAUCGAGGCCUCACUACACGCACCCACAAUGUUCGUGGGCAGCUUGUCAAGUCCAUGUGUGAUGCCAACAUGUCAAAUAUGACGCGGGAUGCACUGGCCAAGGCACUUUACUGUCGCACGGUUGCCACCAUUGUCAGGCGAGCCAACUCCCUCAAGCGGCUAGGCUCUACCUCAGGCACUCUUUCUUCAGAUAGCAAUGAGAGUGUCCAUCACCAAGGGGAGGUAGCAUCUCAACAUGCUUCAACAGUGGGCACUGCUGGCUCCAAGGCCUCAAAAUCAAUGAGUGUUCUUAACAAUGCAGUGAAGCAUGCUACAGAUGGUUUUAUCGGCAUUCUUGACAUGUUUGGCUUUGAGGAUCCCAAGCCCUCACACUUGGAGCACCUCUGCAUUAACCUGUGUGCAGAGACAAUGCAACAUUUUUACAACACACACAUCUUCAAGUCUUCCAUUGAGUCAUGUAGGGAUGAGGGCAUCACUUGUGAGGUUGAAGUUGAUUAUGUUGACAAUGUUCCAUGCAUUGAUCUCAUCUCAUCACUGCGCACAGGUCUCCUCAGUAUGCUGGAUGUGGAAGGCUCAGUGAGGGGCACUCCAGAAAGCUACAUCCAAAAAGUCAAAGUCCAGCACAAAGGCAAUGGAAGACUGUUUGAACCAAAAGCAAAUCACAUUAGGUCAUUUGGUAUCCAUCAUUUUGCUAAUAGAGUGAUCUAUGAUGCAUCAGAUUUCCUAGAUACGAACAGGGACAUUAUCAGUGACGACCUGGUCUGUGUGUUCCAUAAGCAAUCCUGCAACUUUGGAUUUGCCACACAUCUGUUUGGGUCAGAGCUGAAAGCACUCUUCUCUCAGGAUCCAGUGCCAAGGGGCGUCUCCUUCCGUAUCAGCCCUACUUCACACACAGACCUACAAAAUGGAGAUGAACCAGUGUCAACACUGACACAGGACUUCCAUACACGACUAGAUAAUCUCUUGAGAACACUAGUCCAUGCCAAGCCACACUUCAUCCGUUGCCUCCGCUCAAACUGCUCUGAGAAACCUGGCCACUUUGACAGAGCUACAGUCAUCAAGCAGAUUCGAGCUCUGCAGGUACUUGAGACAGUGAAUCUAAUGGCAGGGGGUUACCCUCACCGCAUGCGUUUCAAGACCUUCACCUUGCGCUAUCGCCUCCUUGUACCCUUCAAAAAGCUCCGGCGUGUUGAAGAUAAGACUGUGGAUGAUUGCAAACUUAUCCUUGAGUAUUUUCUGCGAUCUCUGGAAGAUGUGAGCAGAUCUUCAACAGUAGCCAUUCAAUGGGCCUUGGGCAAACGACACAUUUUUCUCAGUGAGGGUGCCAGACAACAGCUUGAAAUGCUACGAAUAGAGAUGAGGCAUCGAGCAGCAACAUUGCUGCAAGCAGUGUGGCGUGGCUGGCACUUCCGCCGGCGCUGGCCUACCCUCAAAAGGAAUCUAGAGCUACGUGCUCGUUCCCGUACGGUCAGGCCUCGACCUCAACCAAUUGCUGGGACACCGCCACCAGAUGUAAUGGACAGAUGUGACCAGAAAACGAUACAACAGACAUGUUCUUUAUUUGGUCUAGACUUGGAGCGGCCGCCACCAGUGCCGCCCAGCCGCUCCUACACUAUCACAGGAAAUCACAAGAUGGGCUACCCUCAGACACGGGUCAUGAAGAGGAAAUUUCCAGAAGAAGGCGGAGGUGACAGCGUGCUUCUGAAGGGAGAGUCUGUGGUGGUGGUGGGAGCAUCCUCCAGACGUGGCCACCUCCUUGUUGACCACCAAGGACAUUCCUUUCAUGUACCAUUCCAGUACAUGGAGCUCAAACCUUCUGCUCAGCCAGGGGUCAACAUAUAGGCCUCAGCACCACCCUUUUGCUUAAGUGAAAUAUCAGAGUGUUCCUCAGCACCCUGAGGCUUUGAAAGCCAUGAUAGGAUUGAAAUACUGGACAAACUCGUAUGCUCAAUGACAGUCAAGUGUUUUCCAACCAGAGUGCUGAGGGGGCUCAAAAAGUUCAGGGAUUGACUUAAGUAAAAAAGAAACAGCAAUCUUCUUUUUCAUGUUAAUUGUUCCUGGCACGCCGGAGGUAAUUGUGGCCGAGUUGGAUUUUACUUCUAAUUCUGGCCAACUUGCUGAGACGAGCACUCAAAAGGGUGGGAAGUGGAUGAUGCUUAUUGUAUGGAUUAAGUGGAGAUCACUACGGAGGAGAAACUGCUAGUGACGCUCUCCUAUGUGUCUCAGUGAUGCUCAGAACUUAACUCGAAACAAGAGAAAAUGGUGACUUCGAGUGGCACAUUGAGAUGAGAGUCUUGUCACAGCCACCAAUUGGUUACAUUCUUGGCCUUAACCCUUCCCAGGUUUCUAGUGAUCUCCUACACUAUCUUGAUUUCCUCCUCAUUUCCCAACUUCCACCCCCUCCAGGCCAUGACCAGAGUGAGUGUGUGACUGUCAAGUGCUUUUUAUAAGUGAAACAUGAAGCUUUGUAUAUAGAUAUUUGUAUGUGCCAAUAUUGUUAAGUAAUUUUAUAAGUUUAUUGAUAUACCUCGUUACUUAAUGUAUCGUCGAGUAAACAAACAACUAUUAUAUACUAAAAGACUAAAGACUAUUGAAAGUGACUGACAUUGAAAAUAAUGCAUUUUGAUUCUUGGUGCUACCCUUUUUAUUAAUCUCUCUCUCUCUCUCUCUCUCUCUCUCUCUCUCUCUCUCUCUCUCUCUCUCUCUCUCUCUCUCUCUCUCUCUCUCUCUC